AUGGAGACUCCGCCGUCAACUCCACUCCGCCGUAGAAUCUCCAUCGCCACACCAACACCUCUCAUCACCACCGACAUCCCUUUCGCAAUCGAAUCUUCCUCAACGCCAUCAUCGUCUUCUUUCGAUUUCGACCUCAUCUCCAUAAAACCACCUUCCUUCGUCGCCUACACAUCUCUCAGAGACAUCAUCUCCUCCUCUCCGAGUAACUCCUCCGUCAAGCUACCGUCCAUUAACGGCGCCAGCUCUCCCGUGUUAUCCGGAGAUAUCUCGAUCCGCGACCCGCUCGUUAAGCAAGCCGCUCGGUCUUAUCUACAGGCCACGGCGCAGACUUCGUCGGAGGAUUCGGCUGGUUGUGUGUGGCUCUACGUCGCUGCUGGUGUGGAGUUGUUGAGACGUGUGUUUGGUUGGAUUCUACAAUCAGUUUGUGUUCCUCGGAUUGUUAAAUAG